CAGAUGGUCUGUGCCAGGUGUGGGGGAGGGGGGUGGAGGACCCCUCCAGCACCCGCCUCUUCUCCCGUACGUCCGUGCUGCCUUGCACGCACCUGGAGGAGGUCGCUCUCAACAAGCCCGUGGAAUCCAGCUCCGAGUAUGCCGCAUUCCGGCGUAAAGAGGGAGGCAAUGACGGCGACGACUCCACCAUGUUCGAGAGCGGAGGCGACGUCGGGCCCUGGUGGAUGGUCGACCUCCAGAGCAUUAACCUUGUGCACACGGUGGAGAUUCUGAGCAGACAGAACUGUUGCCCUGAGAGGUUCCAUGACGUUGAGUUCCGCGUCGGACUCAAGCGAGGAACAACGGAUGACUUUUCUUCGUGGCCGCUUCUCGCCUUCUACCUCGGCCCCUACAGCUAUGCCGACUACCGCAUUAACUUCACGAGUCCUUCGAUGAUCCUCGGUCGUUACGUCGUUAUACAGAAGGUUUCGACAGACACCCAGGCUCUGCAGCUAAUCGACGUGAAGGUGUACGGGGCUUUCGACUGAGUUUUGUUUUCAUUUUCCGUCAGCUGUUCUCUCUAUCUGUCCAUUUCUAUCUCCUCUCGCCUG